GGAGUGAUCCCCACCACACCUCUCGCCAUGCACACUCCACUGAUGCCCAGCCAGAGCAUCGACAUCUCCCUCCCUCUCAACACCAUCGGCCCCGUGAUGAAAAUGGACCCACUCAACAACCUACAGGUGGCUGUGAAAAACAAUAUUGAUGUCUUCUACUUCAGCACGCUGAUCCCUCUCAGUGUCUUCUUCGUGGAGGAUGGCAAAAUGGAGCGUCAGGUGUUCUUGGCCACAUGGAAGGACAUCCCAAAUGAGAAUGAGCUGCAAUACCAGAUCAAAGACUGCCACUUAAAUGCAGGUGAGGUCAUCCAGCCCUCAACAUGCAUGACUCUGCUGUUGAGAAUGUCAGCACUGUUGCAUUUGGCUUGA